UCUCCAUCCGGCCCCUUCCGCGAGGCACCGACAUGCUCAGCUCCCGCCCCUCACCCGGAGGACCCUAGACGAUCAGAGAAACCGGCGGCUAGAGGCGCCCAGACUUGCCCUCUGGCCUUCGCUUCCGCCGGAAGUGACCUCCAGCAGCAAGUGCCGUUCCUCGGCUGCACGCGCGGGCUCCCGUGGCCCGCAAUCUACCCGCGGCGGACUCCACAGCAAUGGCGGGCGCCACCCUGCUGCGCGCGACCCCCCGCUUCGGCGGUUUCUGUGCUGGCCCUAUCCCGUUAUUGCAAGGUCUGUCGCGGCUGCUGAGGACUCCGGUGUUGCCCGUCUUGUGCCGUGGCCUGGCGGUGGAGGCCAAGAAGACAUACGUGCGCGACAGGCCUCACGUGAACGUGGGCACCAUCGGCCAUGUGGACCACGGCAAGACCACGCUGACCGCGGCUAUCACGAAAAUUCUAGCCGAGGGAGGUGGGGCUAAAUUCAAGAAAUACGAGGAGAUUGACAAUGCCCCCGAGGAGCGAGCGCGGGGCAUCACCAUCAAUGCGGCCCACGUGGAGUACAGCACUCCUGCCCGCCACUAUGCCCACACAGACUGCCCAGGUCAUGCAGAUUACGUUAAGAACAUGAUCACAGGCACUGCUCCGUUGGACGGCUGCAUCCUGGUGGUAGCAGCCAAUGAUGGCCCCAUGCCCCAGACCCGAGAGCACUUACUACUGGCCAAACAGAUCGGGGUAGAGCACGUGGUGGUGUAUGUGAACAAGGCCGACGCUGUCCAGGACGCUGAGAUGGUGGAGCUGGUGGAGCUGGAAAUCCGGGAACUGCUCACCGAGUUUGGUUACAAAGGGGAGGAGACCCCUGUCAUCGUAGGCUCUGCUCUCUGUGCCCUUGAGCAGCGUGACCCCGAGCUGGGUGUGAAGUCUGUGCAGAAGCUGCUGGAUGCUGUGGACACUCAUAUCCCAGUGCCCACCCGGGACCUGGAGAAGCCGUUCCUGCUGCCUGUAGAGUCCGUUUACUCUGUUCCCGGCCGGGGCACUGUGGUGACAGGCACACUAGAGCAAGGCAUUUUGAAGAAGGGAGACGAGUGUGAGUUCCUCGGACACAGCAAGAACAUCCGGACCGUGGUGACAGGCAUCGAGAUGUUCCACAAGAGCCUGGAGAGGGCAGAGGCGGGGGACAACCUCGGGGCCCUGGUCCGAGGCUUGAAGCGGGAGGACCUGAGGCGGGGCCUGGUCAUGGUCAGGCCGGGUUCCCUCCAGCCACACCAGAAGGUGGAGGCGCAGGUUUACAUCCUCAGCAAGGAGGAAGGUGGCCGCCACAAGCCCUUUGUGUCUCACUUCAUGCCGGUCAUGUUCUCACUCACCUGGGACAUGGCCUGUCGGGUCAUCUUGCCUCCGGGGAAGGAGCUUGCCAUGCCCGGGGAGGACCUGAAGCUCAGCCUCGUCUUGCGACAGCCAAUGAUCCUGGAGAAAGGCCAGCGUUUCACCCUGCGAGAUGGCAACCGGACCAUCGGCACCGGCCUUGUCACUGACACACUAGCCAUGACCAAGGAGGACAAGAACCUCAAGUGGGGCUGAGUCCGGAUCUGCUCGGGUUGUCCUGAGUUUAGGACUGCCCUGGCCAGGCUUCUCUCCUGCCUUUGCCCCCCACCCUGAGGGGACAAGCUGCCUCCAGCACAGGGCAGCUACAUGGACAGGCCCGCUCGUUGAGGUGGCCUGCUGGGCAAGAGAGGCAAUAAACUGUUCUGUGAAUAGUGA